CAUCAAAAUAGCUUUGCAUUGUUAAAAAUGAGGAGUAUUCGAUGAUGAGAUACCUACUGUUAGUUAAUUAUGUAGCAGGCACCUACCAGUGGUAAAUCGUUAUUGCCCCCUACAUUAUUAAGCUUAACUAACGUUGAUUGCAGUAUCGCAAAACGUUUUAAUUCCCAUAUGAUUAAACGAAUUAAAUUAGGGGUUUACAUCUAAUAGGUGGGUGAUUCGAAAAUUUUAGACUUUAAAUUAAUUGUCAAAGCAGCAGAAACGUUUAGUUUCAAAUUGUAUUUCAAAACACGUUGAAUUUUUGUUUCAAAAUGUAUCGUUUACGUGGUAUAAGUUUGUGUGUGUUUUUUAUAAUGAACAUCCAUUUUUCACAUGAGAUGUCGAGGGAACAAGUGAAGAAAACCAUGACGCUUGUGAAAAAUCAGUGCAUGCCCAAAAAUGGUGUUACUAAUGACGAUGUUGGUGAGAUCGAGCAAGGUGUUUUCAUUGAAGAACAUAAUGUGAUGUGCUAUAUUUCAUGCAUUUUCAAAAGUAUUCAAGUCGUCAGGAAUAACAGACUGGACAAAGAUUUAAUAAACAGACAAAUAGACGUCCUCUAUCCUAAAGACAUAAAAGAUGCAGUCAAGACAUCCGUUUCGAAGUGCUUCCCUGUGCAAGACUUAUAUGAAGAUCCUUGCGAGGGAAUUUUCUACGCUACAAGAUGUCUGUACGCUGAUAAUCCAGCGAAUAUGACUAGACAACAAUUAAAAAAUUCAUCAAAAAUGUUAAAAAAGAGUUGCAUGGGUAAAAACGACGUAACUGAAGAUUUAGUUGGCGAUAUCGAAAAGGGGAAGUUUAUAGAAGAAAGAAAUGUGAUGUGCUACAUUGCAUGCAUAUAUCAAAUGUCCCAAAUAAUAAAAAAUAAUAAACUUAAUUACGAGGCUUCAGUGAAGCAGGUGGAUAUGAUGUUUCCACCUGAAAUGAAGGACGCCAUGAAAGCUUCAAUUGAAAAAUGUAAAGAUAUUUCCAAAAAAUACAAAGACAUUUGUGAAGCAUCGUACUGGACCGCGAAGUGCAUUUACGAAGACAAUCCGAAGAAUUUUAUAUUUGCAUAA